AUGCCUCGUAGUAUCGUCGCAAGUCCUUGGCAAAUCAACGACUCAGAUAGUGAAGACGAGAUUUGUAAUCAAUAUGAUCUAAAUAUGUCAAUGCUAUCAAAACCAUCAACACCGAUAGCUUUAACACGACGAAGUGAACCAAAGAUUCUCGAUUGGCAUCCAAUAGUAAAUGAAGAAAAACCUAAAAAGAAAUUAGGUGCAAAAAAAACAGCUCCAUUAGUUGGAAAAGUACCAUCAUUUUAUCAACCACUUUAUUCUGGACCAUUAAAUAUACGAUCAACAUUAUCAUCAUCUCAUUCAAUCUUACGACAUAAAGGACAAAAUAAAACAUCAUUUCCUCUGACUACAAGAACAAGUUUUGAUCCAAUGUUAUGUAUUGAAGAAGAUUUGAAUAAAUUUAUUUAUACAAAUAUUCCACAAGAUUAUCCAGAGUUUAUACAUUGUUAUCUUCGACGUGAUAAAAGUGGUAUACAAAAAGGAUUUUUUCCAACAUAUUAUUUACAUAUUGAACGUCCUCAUGAUGAUAAAAAGAUUUUGCUCUUAUCUGCACGAAAAGUAGCUAAAGUAAAUCAACAAUCUGAAUAUGUAAUUACAACUGAAAUUGAAACUCUACAUGAAAAAUCAGGUGGUAAUGGAUAUGUUGGAAAGUUACGAGAAAAUAAUCUGAAAGGUACAGAAUAUACACUCUAUGAUAAUGGUACAAGUCCGAAUAAAAAGAAAAAAUCACAUUCAGAUGAUAAAAAUAGUUUACGACGUGAAUUAAUAUCUAUAAUUUAUAAUACAAAUGUUCUUGGUUUCAAAGGUCCACGACAAAUCAAUGCUGUCAUACCUCAAAUCGGCUAUGAUAUUCAGCCAACAAAAGAUGAGGAUACAAUUCUUGAUCAAUGGCGAGAUAGACGAUUUACGUAUUUAAUUCAAUUACGAAAUCGAUCACCAAAAUCAAAUGAUGGAAAAAAAGGCCAUACACUUGAAUUUAUUGGUCAACAUGAUAUUCAAACAUCCGUUAAAAAUUUUCAAAUGAUUAUAGACACUGAAAAUUUUCAAGAAGAAGUUGUUAUGCAAUUUGGCCGUGCUAAAGAUGAUACGUUUAUAUUAGAUUAUCGUUAUCCACUUUCAGCUAUUCAAGCUUUUGGUAUUGCACUCAGUGCAUUCGAUAGUCGAUUUGCACGAGAAUGA